AUAAAAGUUCCUGUUAGCAGCACACUCACCGUGCUGCGAUCCCAUUUGUCUCCGGAUUCUUCAUCUUCCGCCAUGGCUUCUGAGAAAGAAGCCGCUCUUGCGGCUGUCCCCCCCGGUGCUCCGACCAUCUUUGACAAAAUCAUCAAUAAAGAGAUUCCAGCAAAUGUUGUUUAUGAGGAUGAGAAGGUGUUAGCCUUUAGGGACAUAGCUCCUCAAGCUCCUACACAUAUUCUAAUUAUUCCCAAAGUAAAAGAUGGCUUGACUGGACUGUCAAAGGCUGAGGAAAGGAACAUUGAGAUUCUUGGCCACCUUCUUUACAGUGCUAAGCUGGUAGCCAAGCAGGAAGGACUAGAAGAUGGCUUCAGGGUUGUGAUUAAUGAUGGCCCACAAGGAUGUCAAUCUGUUUAUCACAUUCACGUCCACCUCCUUGGCGGCUGCCAAAUGAACUGGCCUCCAGGCUAAGAUGGUGUCGAUGUUGAUUUGGGCAGGUAAGACUUUCAUUGUAAUGAUAGCAAAGUAGUAUUUGUUGUCUGCCCUGAUUGAUGAUUGUCUAAUCAUAAGCAAGCGAACAAGUUGCUAGUUGCUUUCUAGUAAGAUGCUCUGGAUGUUCCAUGGCACUACCUGCAGGGCUGGCCCCUAUGCUGGGUAAAGCCAAUGACCCUUGUUAAGUAUGAAAAUAAUAUGGUGACUUAACCAUGCCCUGUGUUCCUCAUUUUCUUCAAGUUUCCAAGUGAAGUGAUAUCAAUUUACUUUUUGAUGCUUUGAGCCAUCCCUUGAAUGUGUUUGGAAGCUUGUGAAAGAUUUUGAAGCAUUAGACUGCAGGAAUAAACAGUAAGAUGGGGAGAAAGAUGGGCAUAUUAACCCAAACAGGCGCCGGUUUUUCCAAAGCAUUAACUUAGGAACCAUGUCCUGCACAUUACAUGGUUCAAGACAAGUGAUUUGGGUUUUUGAAUCUGUGUUACCAGUAUAAAGGGUAAAUCUUUUCUCCCUUCUCUUUCAGGUUCUGAUCUCCCCAGUCCAUUUUAAGAACAGAUUAAUCAUACUAGGACUGUGAGAUUCUUAAAAUUUUACUUAGUUGUGACCCAUUACUUAUUGAAUCUCAAUCAACAAUAAGAGAGAAAUGCUAAUGAGCCAAGUAAAUUAGCAGAGAAAUUUCACUAAUUGAAAACAUUGAAGGUCGAAAGUAGACAAUAGAAGAUGAGAAUGAAAGAUAACUUUUGAU